AUGGAGGAGGUAGAGCUAGUCAAGGUAGAGGUGGACUCCGUGGACACAGUGGAGACGGACGAGGUGGUCUCACUGGAGGUUUCACUUGUAGUCUCACUGGUGGUCUCGCUCGAGGUUGUCUCCGUGCUCUCGGGACAUGUUGUCACGUACUCGGUCACCUCGCUGGAGACGGUGGUGUCGACGGUGUACGUGGUGUCGCUGGCGGUGCAUUCUGUGCAGGUGGUGGAGGUGACUGUGGACUGCGAGGUCUCAGUGAUCCAGGUGCUCUGCGGAACGGUUGUGCUCUGGAUGGUUGUUUCGCCGUUGGUGCUGACGGUGACGGUAUCCGUGACGGUGUACGGGGUGUUGCAGUUGUACACUGGAGUGGUGGAGGAAGUGGAGGAGGAGGGAGUUGGAGAGCUUGAGCUGAACGUUUUUGGAGCGACCGAGCUGGAGGAGGAGGAGGAGGUAGUGGAGGUAGUGGAGGUAGUGGAGGAGGUAGGGGUCGACGAUGUAGUGGAGGAGGUAGAGGUCGAUGAUGUAGUGGAGGAGGUAGGGGUCGAUGAUGUGGUCGACGAUGUGGUCGAGGACGACGGGGUGGUCGAAGACGUCAGCGUGGAGGAUGUGGAGGAUGGGGUGGAGCUCGACGGAGUGGAGCUGGAACUAGAACUGGUCGAAGUUGUGGAGCUGGUGGAGCCAGUAGAACUGGUGGAGCUGGACGAAGUAGAGGAAGUAGAGGAAGUGGAGGAAGUGGAGGAAGUGGAGGAAGUGGAGGAAGUUGAACUCGUGCUGGUAGAACUAGUAGAACUUGUCGAACUUGUAGAGCUUCUAGAACUUGUAGAACUGGUAGAACUCGUUGUCAAACUGGAUGUGGGGGUGGAGCUUGUAGAGCUUGUAGAGCUAGUGGAAGUCGUGGAGCUGGUUGAACUGGUGGAACUGCUCGAGCUGGUGGUGCUAGGCCGUUGUGGUGGCAACGUGGCCAUCCGCGCCGGUGGUUUGGGUGGUGAUUGUGUCUGUUUGGGUGUACGGCUGGUCGCACGAGACAACGGAGGUGUCUCUGCUGGUGGAGGAGACGCUGAUGUCACAGUAGGUGACAAGGACGGUUGA